UGUCCAUAUGAAAUAAGAGAGAAAAGAUACAAGAGAAAGGUAAGAGAGAAGAUGGGUAAGGAAAGGGGGUCCUCCUAUGGAGCACAUGUUUUGGCCCUUCCAUAUCCAAGCCAAGGCCAUGUUAACCCUAUGCUCCAAUUCUGUAAACGCCUUGUCUCCAAAGGUCUCAAAACCACUUUUGCCAUCACCACUUUCAUCUCCAACACCAUGAACCCACAAUCCAACUAUGUCCAAUUCGACACCAUAUCUGACGGCUACGAUGAAGGCGGCUUCAUGCAAGCCGGUGAUGUCCAAGCCUACCUCACACGCCUAGAAGCAACUGGCUCAAAAACCCUAGCUGACCUGAUCAAGAGGCAUCAAAACUCAGACCAUCCCAUUGAUUGCAUAGUCUAUGAUGCGUUUUUGCCUUGGGCUUUGGAAGUAGCCAAAGAGUUCGGCUUAGCUGGAGCUGCUUUCUUUACGCAGCCUUCUGCGGUUAAUUACAUAUACUACUAUGCUCAUGAAGGACUGUUGAAGUUGCCGGUGGAGCGGUCAUCGCUGCCGGUGUCGAUUCCGGGGAUGCCGAUGCUGGAGCUGGAGGACAUGCCAUCGUUCAUAUAUGUGCAUGGUUCGUAUCCAGCUUACUUUGAGGUGGUAUUAAACCAGUUCUUGAAUGUGGAGAAAGCAGACUAUGUUCUUGUCAACACUUUCUACAAGUUGGAGGAUAAAGUGGUGGAUUCAAUGUCAAAAGUUAGUCCACUGAUGACGAUUGGCCCAACAAUUCCAUCUCUCUACUUGGACAAGCGUGUCGAGAAUGACAAUGAUUACGGGUUGAACCUCUUCCAAUUAGACCCCUCCAUUUGCUUAGAAUGGCUAAGCCACAAGCCGAAAAAGUCCGUUGUUUACAUGUCAUUUGGUAGCAUGGCCAAUCUUGGUGAAGAACAAAUAGAGGAACUAGCAUGGGGGUUGAAGAGAACCAAUUGCUACUUCUUGUGGGUAGUUAGGGCUUCCGAGGAGGCUAAGCUACCAAAAAAAUUUGUGGAAGAGACAUUGAACAAGGGCUUGUUGGUUGGAUGGAGUCCACAGUUGGAAGUGCUAGCGAGCGAGACAAUUGGUUGCUUUUUCUCACAUUGUGGAUGGAAUUCGACCAUCGAAGCAUUGAGUUUGGGAGUGCCAAUGGUGGUUAUGCCGCAGUGGACUGAUCAAACGACGAAUGCAAAGUUUGUCCAGGAUGUUUGGAAGGUGGGUAUUAAGGUUAAGGUUAAUGAGAAGGGCAUUGUUGGAAGAGAAGAAAUUGAGGAUUGUAUAAGGGAAGUGAUGGAAGGAGACGGGGGAGAAGAAUUAAAAAAGAAUACCAUAAAAUGGAGGGAUUUGGCCAAAGAGGCUAUUAAUGAAGGUGGGACUUCUGAUAAGGACAUUGAUGAGUUGGUAUACAAAUUAACUAACUCUUUGUGUAUGUCCUCAUCUUGAAUUACACGUGUUCAUCAUACAAUAUUGAGGACCUCCAGUAAAAGAGGAAGUUAAGAGUUCAAUUCCCCAUCAUUGCUAUGAAAAUAAUAGUUUGUAAUGUGAAGGUGUGACAUAGGAAAUUGUGUAAGUCGUUGAAUUACUAUUGAAUAUCUAAUUCAUUAGCGACAUUUAUCAUUUGUGUUUACAUUCCAUUGAUUGCCCAUAGAAGGCACCUACAAUUUGUAAUUCAAAUCAUUUAUAAUUCA